GCGGAUUUGAGGCUUUCAAGUUUCGGGGCUUUCCCAGGGCUUUCCAACACAAGGCGGAGAGGCAAUUCACAGAAAGUAGACGAACAUCACCGAGGCACGCAAUGACCAGCUACAACGAGGCAGUCCUUACGCAGAAGCUGGCAAAGCUGGUGGACACUCAGGACAGCAUCACUGUUCUCUCGCAAUGGCUGAUGUUUCAUAGGAAGCAUGCCGCGUCAAGCGUUCAGACAUGGGCUAGGGAGUUGCAUAAAGCUCCACCACAUCGUAAACUGAGUUUCGUUUACCUGGCCAACGAUGUGGUCCAGAAUAGCCGGCGCAAAGGCGACGAGUUUGUGGUGGAGUUCGCCAAAGUGUUUCCGGAGACGCUGCCUCAUGCCUACAGACAUACGGGGCAGGACACGAGGCACAAGAUAACGCGCAUAUUGACGAUUUUGGAGGAGCGACAGAUCUUCUCGAAGGAUUUUGUGCGAGAUGUCAAACAGCGCAUGGAGAAUCCCGCCGCCUCCUCAAAUACAACUGCGCCAACGAUACCCCCAGACGCCGUGGCGAUAGUGAAGCACCUUAACAGCUUGCAUAAACUGGCUGAUGCAAAGCAGAAACUGGCGGAGGCAACAUCCGCAGCAGCGAAUCCAGCAGCAGAGAACCCGGAGCAAAUGGUCGAAACGCUGGACCGGUACCGAGACGCACUCGUGAGGGACAUCAACGAGCGGAAAACCCUGAUCGGGGUAUUGAACGCCCUUGCCGAGAAGAUGGCGUUGUUUUUAAAAGGCGAUGAGAUAUCGCUGGAGCAGUGUACUCGCCAGAUUAAGACAAAAGGAAAUAUCCCGCAGGCCCCGGCAUCUGAGGUCGUUAUACCAUCCUCACGCGAGGAACCCAUGACGGACUUACCCCACCCGCCAGACCCCGCGUCCAAUGCCGCCUCACAUGAAGAGAAUGUGGAAGAGUACGACCCGACCAACUACACCAUCCCGACACCAUUACCAACAUUCACGGACGCAUCAGCCGAGGCAGCGUCAAAUCCACCAACACAAAGCCCUAUCCCACCAUCAGACCUGAUCGAGGCCAUACUCGGCGAUCAGCAACCGCCAUCAGCAGGAGCCAUCGGAGACGCGCAAGCUAUGUUUGACUUGCUACCACCAGAGCUGAUCGAGCAGUUGAGACAGCAAGGACCCGGGCCGAUGUUGGGAACUGCGGCUGCGGAGCAGACUGCGACUGAUAUACUAAGGACGCUGGAGGCGUUGAGGAGUGGGGCAAUGCAAUGAACAUAGAGGCUGCCCCGCAGUUGUGUCAAAAAGGCGGACAUUGGGGUCGAGGCCCGGCACCGGUCUGCCCAGGUGGCACUACGGGGUAUCGCCGAACAGGACAAUGUCGCUAGUGCACCUGUACCUACACAGCCGUCGCAAUAGGCGACAAACUGCAAACCGGGGAUACAGUUUUGGAGUUGUUCUAGCCAGUCGUCCUCCCCGAUCGACCAAUGCCGGUCUCCCACUGAUUGACGUCAUGUCAUAUAGCCAUUUUGACUUCUGGGGCGAGGAUCACUAAU